UCGAGCUCGACGCCAGCUGUGCUCUCCGUGCCCAUCUGCGCCCCGACGAGACCCUCCCGACCGCUCUCCCAGCGCCUCGCCCCUCGCGCCGCCGCCCUGCCUCGCCUGCUGCACGCAGCACCUUUCCGCGCCGCAAGCCCCCGCCCGGAACAUGUCGUAAUUCAGGGUCCCCAAGCAUAGCCAGGCACCAUGGCCGCAGCCGAAGACGAUGUCGACGCGGAUCGCCGCGCCCUCUUCGCCCAGAUCCUCGUGCGCCUGCAGGAGCUUCCAAACUACACCUGGGACACCGACGUUGCGCCCUUUCACUCGUCCUAUGAUAAUUGGCAUUUCUUUGGCAGGAGGAAAACCUCCGCAGACCGUCCCUUGUCCCGCGGCCGCAGCGCGGGCACUUCGAUAUCCUCGUCGCAUUCGCCCGAUGCUACUCGACCACCCCUAAGCCGAAGUCACAAAUCCUCCGGCAGCGAUGCCAGCGAGUUCACCACCGCCACGCAGUCCACGGACAUGCCCAAGGACCGCGAGGUGGUCUGCCGCGUUUCCACACACACCCUUCGGAUAGAGCGCGAGUUCCAGGUCUGCAAGCUGAUCAACAAAAAGUCGGAUCCAAACGCCCGCCACUUUGUACGCCCCAUCGAGCUUGUCAGGCUUCCCCCCAGACCUGGCAACAACGAGCCCAUGGUCGCCUUUAUCUGCGACGCUCCCGGUCCCAACUAUCUGAGAGAGGUAGUCAAGUUCGGCCCCAAUGCGUACGGUAUCUCGCACCAAAACAAUGAUAGCUGGAAGGUUCAAAACCUGGAUUACAAGGGCGGCAUCCCUCUGCUCACCUUCCUGGACUUUGCUGUUGGAGCAACCGAAUGUCUCGAGAUUCUCCACCACGGCCAUCAACUCGUACACGGAGAGCUACGGGGCGAUGCAUUCCACUUCGCCGAAAAUGGCAUCGUCAAGAUGAUCAACUUCGGCGGUGGAGCGCGGUCUUUUGAGAAUGGCCUCACGUCUGCUGGCUGGAACGUGCUGAGAAAAGAGCUGGGCAUCGAAUUGAAGCUUGCCUUUGUCGCCCCCGAACAAACGGGACGGAUGCCUGCCGAACCGGAUAGCCGUACUGAUAUCUACAGCCUUGGAAUUUUGUUUUACAGCAUGCUUUGCGGGGAGACUCCGUUCGAUGGCAGGACCCCGCUCGAAGUUAUGCAAAAUGUGCUCAGCAAGCGAAUCCCACCCAUCUCAUCCAAGCGAAUGGACAUCCCUGACAUUCUGUCCUCGGUCAUCCAGCGCAUGACCCAGAAGAACAUUGAAGAACGUUACCACAGUACCAGUGGCCUGAAACAUGACCUCGUUAGGCUGCGCGAGCUACUGUCCGAAGGCGAUUCUGAAGGCCUUAAACAAUUCCAGAUAGGACUCAAGGACGUUUCAUGCUUUUUCAAUCUACCUCUGAAGCAGAUUGGCCGAGACAAGGAGAGGAACACCAUCAUUGAGAUUAUUGAGCGCGUGUCAAAGCGGCGACGGAUGACGCCCAUACUUGGAAACGCCCUGAACAGUCUGAGCUCCAAUUCGUCUUUCUCGGACCCUCGUAUGGAAACUAACCAGCUCGACGAUAUCAUGUCUGAUAGCACGAGCUCGAGAGGCUCCGAUAGUCGCCUGAACAGCGUUUCUGGGUCGGCCCCUAUGCCAGUUUUUAUGGAUGCCGCUCGUAACAUCCAUAACUUCUCACAAGACAGCAUGACCCAAUCAGAAAGCUCAGUGGGGGACGAAAAUCCAGAGUCUCGAAUGCCAGUCCACGCUCCAACUCGAGGUCCUUCCAGUACCAGCAUAGAAGGCUCACUCUCGAUAUCGCGAUCGAACCAGUCGGAAAAUGCGUCUCUAUUGCGUACAAUGUCGAGCGCUAGAAGCUCGAAGAUGAGACGACGAGCGCGUUGCGAGAUUAUUGCCAUUGCAGGCGAAGCUGGCCUGGGCAAAUCCAAGUUGGUACAAAGCAUCCAGUCCACAGCACGCAGCAAGAACAUACACUCCUACUUCUCCGCAGCCAAAUUUGACCCAGCCAAGAAAGCUCCAUUUGAGCCGAUCUUAAAACUCAUGUCCAGUCUCUUCCGCCAAAUAUUCAGCGAGGCUGAUGUCAGUACCGAGUUUCAUUCCAAUCUGCGCAGCCACCUAAAGAAUUCAGGCGUGUGGCAGAUAUUGCACAGUUAUCUUGACCUACCUGAAUGGCUUCUAUCAGCAGGGAGCGCUCAACCUGCGCCGCAACAACGCGACGUGCGAAUAGCUAGGAAAGAUAAUGGCCGAAGAGCCUCGUCGCCUGCAAUACAUUGCGGCAGUGCUGGCCACACCGCAGAUGCGUGGCUGCGGAGCGGUGGCGCGUCAAAAUCAACUCGAUUCAUGAACGUCUUCAUCGACGUUCUACGUCUCUUGGCCUUGCAGACACUAUGCAUCUGGACGCUCGAGGAUGUACAGAAUGCUGAUGCCGAGAGCGCUGAAUUAAUACAUCAUAUCGCACAAGCAAGAAUACCCCUUGUCUUGAUCCUUACCUAUAAAAACGAAGAUUCCAUGCCCAAAGAUCUUCGUACGCUUUUGCCCGCAGCUACUCGGAUCCAGCUACACCCCUUCACGGAGGCUGAUACGGCUGAGUACGUGUCGGAAACCUUGCACCGUGAUACAGAAUACAUCCUCCCCUUGGUCGCAGUGAUACAAGAAAAGUCUCGCGGAAAUAUCUUCUACAUAAGAGAGAUACUGGACACUUGUUAUCGCAAACAGUGCGUUUUCUACUGUUGGAGGGAAGGGGCCUGGAGGUUCGAUCUAGACAAAGUCUUUGAUGCCUUGGAAAGUCCCGAGUAUGGCUCAUCUAUCAACAAUGACUUCAUCGCGAAGAGGCUGCGCGAUCUACCGGGCAACUCACGAAAGCUCGUGGCCUGGGCAUCCUUAUUGUCAGGCUCCUUCACCUUCGAUCUCAUACGAAACCUGUUGGAUCCCUUGAAUGCGCCACCAGAUGCUGAUACCACCCGCAUUCCCCUAUUACGCGCAAAAGAUUGUGCUAUCACGGCUUUGAACGGCGCUGUUAAUGCGUUUGUGCUGAUGCCCGCCGACGACGAGGAUAGAUUCCGCUUCAGUCAUGACCGCUAUCUCACAGCUGCUACCCAGUCUCUUGAUCAAGAGUGGGACAUUAUGAUGAUGCACUACAUGAUUGCCAAGUACAUCACAACGAGUGGGGCAUACCAUAACGAUUCAAUGUCGGGUUCCAAGGGUCUCUAUAUCCGAAGCAGGCACAUCUGUCUUGCAUCCAACCUCAUCAAAGCCCGCGAGUCCAUCCGUGCUCCGUAUCGAGACGUUCUAUAUCAAGCCGCAGAGACAGCCGUUGAUUCUGGCGCUAGGUCCACGGCGACGUACUACUAUCUGCAUUGUCUAUCGCUACUGCAGGACGAUCCUUGGAGCGAGAAUCUGCCGGACGUCUCGUACCAGGAGACAUUGCAAUUGUUCGUUCGCGCUGGCGAGUGCUACUGGCAUCAGGGCAUGUUUGAUGAAGCCUUGUCUUUGAUUAGGAAGACUUUCAGCCAUGCCCGAGACCCCUGCGACAUGGCUUCGUCCUUUAUCCUACAAUCUCGCGUCCACGCUGUUCGUGGUGACAGUUUCGGUGCUUUCCAGGCCUUGAAAGAUUGCCUGUCCCUAUUGGGGUUGCCAAUACCCCCUACCACAUGGGAAGAGUGUGAUCAAGAGUUUCAAGAACUCUGCGCUCUGCUUCAAUCAACGGAUAAAGAAGAGCUGUUGUCGCGGCCUCCAACUACUGACGACCGUCAACUGAUGACUCUAGGACCCGUUGUGGUUGAGCUUCUGAGCGCUGCAUUCUGGUCUAACAGCUUACUGUUCUAUCAGAGCACGCUCAAGCUGGUUUCCAUGCACCUCAAGCGCGGCACGGUGCCACAGGUGGCCAUGGGCUACGUCCACAUUGGUUCUAUUGCAGGAGGGAGGUUCAACAUGAUCGAAUUUGCGGUCGAGUGCGGCGCGAUCGCAAAGCGCUUAUUCGAUCUGUACUCCGAAGAUCACUACACGAUAGGACGCGGUCAGACUCUGCGAACGCUAUUCUUGGGUCAUCUCGAAGCACCCAUUGCCGACUUGAUUCCAGACCUGAGGAACGCGAUGGAUGCAUCGAUUUUUGCGGGCGACAGAAUCCUGUCUCUGCUCAAUCUCGGUGUAGUAGCUCAUUUCCGCCUAAUGGCGUCACACGAUGCGGCGGAAGUUGAAGCUUGGAUCGAGGAAGCGCCCCUGGAAUUCAAGAAUUGGCAACAAGACCUCCGCGGUGGAGUCUAUCUAAUCUCGUUUCGACAAGCCGCACGAGCUCUUCAGGGCAAGACUGGAACGCACAACGCUUCACUCAUUUUUACUGACACCGAACAUGACACCGGAGCGUACAUCGAAUAUCUUGAGAAACGCGCAAGCAAUCCAAAACGGCCUAAGACCGUAUACAUGAGCACACAGCUACCCAUCCUAGUUCUCUACGGUUUUCACCGCGAAGCCAUCGCGCUUGGAGAAGCGCUACUGCCAAUGAUAGACAGCCUAUGGUGCCAGAGAAUGACCUAUGCGGUCAUGUAUUACUUGUCACUAGCAUACUUGGUCGUGCUCACAGAAGAGCCUGAACAUUCUGAUAAAGAGCGGAUGUUGGAUUACGCUUCUCAGACCAUCAAGCGGCUUGAGGCAUGUUGCGUGGUUACGGACGUCAACUACAGGCACUGGAUAGCACUGCUUGCCGCAGGGAUUGCCGACAUAGAAAAAAAUCCACCCGCCGCUUUGGUCAACUACGAGUUGGCAAUGGACCACAGCGAGAUCCAUGGCUUUGCUUUGGAUGAGGCCCAUGCUUUCGAACUUUAUGCUUCAUGGUUGUUGAGAAAGAAGGCUCUUCGGCCAGCUCGCCACAUCUUAAAGGAUGCUAUAUCCAUAUAUCGCAGAACCUCUGCGUUUGGAAAGGCAAAUCAGCUUACAACAAAAUUCGAAUGGCUAUUGCGUGGCACAGCGUCACUGAGCACUAUGGACGUGGCCGUGCAGACCACAAUUAUAGACACCGGCAACACCUCCUUCCGGCUCGAGCAAAACGAGGAUCACGAGCGCUUCCUCGAGACCGAAACUGCUGUAGACAGAACCACUGACUGGCUUGCACCGAACUCUAGCAAGCGACAAGUCACCGAGAACGACUUUCCGAACGGCUUCUCGGUCAACGGGCUCGACAUGCUCGACUUGUCAUCUAUCCUUGAAUCCAGUCAAGUCCUAUCAAGCGAGCUCAACAUCGACAAACUCAUGGGCAAGAUGGCUGAGAUAAUCCUGGAAUCAACUGGCGCCUCGCUGUGCGGCAUCGUCGUGGAAGACGCGCAGAUUGAGUGGUCUAUUGCCACAGUAGCGACCAACGAGCCGAGUGAGGACGGCUCUGCCACUGUGACUUCGUUCCCGAAUGGCCAGCCCCUUGAAACGAUUGACGACGUCAUGGCUCGGCAGGUCACGCUUUACUCGCUUCGAUUCCGCGAAGUUGUGUUCUGUCAGAGCCUUCUUGAGGACGAUCGCUUUGCGAAUGUGAGCGAGGCUUACUUGAAGCGGCAUCCUGAUGGCAAAGCGGUGAUUUGUAUACCGAUCAUUCAUUCGGAUCAUCUCAUGGGUUCGAUCUACGUGGAAGGGCCGCCAAACUCCUUCACCGAGCGAAAUACGAACGUGCUGCGCCUGCUCGUCAACCAGAUCUCCAUCUCUUUGGCCAAUGCCCUACUGUUCAAAAAGGUCGAGAAAGUCAGCGCAAGCAACGAGGCCAUGCUCGAGAUGCAGAAGCGAUCCCUUGCGCAGGCGAGAGCAGCAGAGAAUAAGGCCAAGGAGGCCGAGGCGAUAGCAGUCAGGAACAUGAAACUGAAAGAAGAAGCUGCUAGAGCCAAGUCUCUGUUCCUCGCAAACGUUUCGCACGAGCUGCGGACUCCCCUGAACGGUGUAAUUGGCAUGAGCGAGUUAUUGAAAGCCAGCCCGCUGAACAGCGAGCAAGCUGGCUACGCGGACAGCAUCAGAGUGUGUGCCGACACUCUGUUGAGUAUCAUCAACGACCUGCUCGACUACUCGAAGCUGGAAGCUGGAAAGAUGAACGUCAUCUCCAUGCCGCUGUCACUCAACGAGACCAUCACUGAGGUCGUCCGAGCACUGGCAUACACCAACGCCGAGCGCGGUUUGAAGACCGUCGAGCAGCUCGAGCUCAACCCUGAGCUGCUCGUCAUGGGCGACCCUGUCCGCCUGCAUCAAAUUCUGAUGAACCUCUUGUCUAACAGUUACAAGUUCACUCCCAAGGGCUCUGUAACAGUACGAGCUGUUGUGGACAAUGAAAGCGACGAUUGGAUAGACGUCACGUGCAGCGUCAUUGACACCGGCAUUGGAAUCCCCGACGAGCAGAAGAAGAAGCUCUUCCUGCCAUUCAGCCAAAUCGAAUCCUCCAGCUCCCGCAGCUACGGCGGGACCGGCCUCGGCCUGAGUAUCUGCAAAGCGCUUAUCGAGAACGUAAUGCAGGGCCGCGUAUGGCUGGAGUCCACACCGGGCGUCGGUACAACGGUUUCCUUCUCCCUCCGUUUCCAGAAAGUUCCAAAAACCGAUGGCCAAACCCGCCACCACUCGACCCGCGAUACCGACCCGAUGGCGAAGUUCUCGUCCCAGGAGAACAAUGGCCACGAGCAGUCCUCGGAAACCAUCGACCUCUCCGCCAUCCCGCGCUCUGAUCUCCGCAUCUGCAUCGCAGAGGACAACCUCAUCAAUCAGCGCAUCGCCAUCUCGUUUGUGCAAAAGCUCGGCUUCAAAUGCGACGCCUACCUAGACGGCUUCAAAACCAUCGACGCUUUAGAACGCGCGUCGGACCGCGGCCGCCCCUUCCACCUCAUCCUAAUGGACGUGCAGAUGCCGCACUGCGACGGGUACGAAGCCACACGGCUGAUCCGCCAACACAAAGACCCGCAGAUUCGGAACGUGUUGAUUAUUGCAAUGACGGCGAGUGCCAUCCAGGGAGACCGGGAAAAGUGUCUGGAGAGCGGGAUGAACAACUACCUCGCGAAGCCUGUGCGGGCGGCGACGCUGAAGAGUCUGCUCGAGAGCUACUUGAAUCGCGAGGAGGAGAGGGAGAUUCCGAAUCUGGCGGACGCGGCGAAGGAGAUUGUGAAGACGGCGUUGCGGCAUGCAAAGGGCGCGAAGGGGUCGGAUGGGGAUGAGAGCACGACGCCGGCGGAGCUGCCGGUGAGGAGCGGCGGUGCGAGAGAUGCGGAUGAGACACGGGCGCCGGCGCUGAACACGGAAGAAACGACGAUCCGCCCGCAAAGUUCGCGGACGAACACGGCAACUUCGGCGACUGUGGCGACUGUAGCUACUGCGGCGCCGGAGGAGGAGGAGAAGCAGAAGAAGACGAGUCGGCCCAGCAGCGUGCGCACCAACACCACGCAGCGGUGGCAGCCGACCGAGAACGGCUCAUUGCCUGCGCCUUCGCCGCCGCCGGGGGCCUAGCGUUACAAAUCACCUCUUUGUCCGUGGGGUGGCUUCCGCCUCCUCCGGGUGCUUCGCGUUAUUAUGCGACUUCCUUCUCUGUACAAGUCCUUGUUGGAUAGAAUCAUGCGAGUCGUUUUGUGUAUGGCGUUCCUGGCGGGAGGGGUAAUGAAUGCAUCACGGCCUCGGAAUGCAUGGGAGCUGGGCUUGGAUUUCAACCCACAAGGCGGAUUGAAAGGUAUAUGGAUGUUCUUGUUCAGUCGUGUCUGGAUUUACAGUACAUAUGUGAUGUUGGGUUAGCUAGCUGCUCUGUGCAGCGCAGUCUGCGGAGAAUGAAACCACGUUCU